UUGAUACUGUAGUUUGGAGUCACCCAGACUUAGAACUGAAUAUAGCGGCUCACAUACAUCGAUCUGAACACUUUUUAAACCUUCAUCCCAAAGUCUCAUGACGUGUACAUUCAUGUAAAUAGAGUCCUUCUAUUUUUAUAACAAGACAACGACAAGAUGGAACUUAAUUCUCUUUUAAUUCUGCUGGAGGCUGCAGAGUACUUGGAAAGAAGAGACAGAGAGGCAGAACAUGGCUAUGCGUCUGUUUUACCAUAUAGUAGCGACUUUUCCAGAAAGAAAACGAAAGCAUCGCCUAUCUCCAGAAAAGCUCAGAACAAUAGAUCAUCGCACAACGAGCUGGAGAAACACAGACGUGCGAAACUACGGCUGUACCUGGAGCAGCUGAAGAAGCUGGUACCUUUAGGUCCGGACAGCACGAGACACACCACACUGAGCCUGCUGAAAAGGGCCAAGAUGCACAUCAAGAAGCUGGAGGAGCAAGACAGGAAGGCUUUAAAUGUGAAGGAGCAGCUGCAGAGAGAGCACCGCUACCUCAAACGCCGCCUGGAGCAGCUUUCGGUGUCCGGAUCAGUUGAACGCAUCCGCACAGACAGCAUGGGCUCCACCAUCUCCACCGACUCUGAGCAAGAGGUGGACAUCGAGGGCAUGGAGUUCACUCCCGGCGAGGCAGACAGCGUGGAUAGUAUCAGCGACGGCGAGGAGGAAGACCACUACAGCCUCCAGAGCAGCUCCAGCGACACCAGCUACACAGCCACACAUUCCCACAGACUGCAGCCGCACCACUGUUAGACACCGCACGGCCAUCCAUCUACCAACCAGCGUCCUUUCCCACGCUUACCCAUCCACCUUCCCCCCGACCAUUGUCAAAACGCCAAGGCCGCCUACUACCUUCAUCAGACCAGCCCACGAUGGCGGUACACCCUCAACCUGUUCCUCCUUCCCUUGUCCUGGGUUUUUUCCAGGAAGCAAACGGAGCUGAAAUGCCACUCAAGCCUUCCUGACCCCCUGACCACUGACCCUACCUCACCCUACUGUAUCCUGCCUGAACCUGCCUCUCCUCACAUGCCCUGCCCUUCCACUGCCCUCCUUACAACCCACACCUAGUGUUGCCACAGGCUCAGAGAGAGCAGAGCAGAAUUUGUGGUUUUAAAGGGGACUUCUGUGGUGUAGUGGACAGCUUUGACUUGUUGAUCAGGAUUUGACGUGUGUUUAUGAGUGUGUAUGUGUGUGUGUGUGUGUAUAAGAGAGAAAGACCGCUAGGGAGCAUAAGACGAGACAAAAAAAAAAAAAAGAGCUCUGGUAUUGAGGAUGCAUAAAAAGGUCAGGAAUUAGACUGACACUGUAAUGAUUUGGAAAUACACUCAUCCACUUCUGUGUUGAUGUUUUCAGCAUCAAGCAGAUAGCUUAGCUAAGCAAAGGAAAAUAGCUAGCCUGGCAAUCUCCAAAGCUUUUAAAACAACAUUGUGAAUUUGUUAUGUCAUGUUUUCCUCUGUAUAAACUUACGUGUAAAAUUGGGGUUCACUGCUCCUGGUAAUGCACAGUUGGGCAGGUAAACCCUCAUCAAAAGGCAACUUUGAUGAUUUUUAAUUUUUGGUUUAAAUUGAAUCACUAAAUUAAAUUUUAAUUGAUAUUUUGGGAGCUUUUGAGGUGCCAAAAGGCUCAUUUUAACAUUUUGGAGAGAGCCAGGCCAGCAGUUUCAACCUGUUUCCAGUCUUUAUGCUAAGCUAGAACAUAUGUGAGGGUAAUAUCAAUCCUCUCAUCUAAGUUUCCUAAAUGUAAAGCUGCUUUCCAGUUUGGGUUAAAGACCAUCUGAAAAAGUCACAGUGCUGUUCCAGAGAAUGGAGCAUGUAUAUAGAUGUACAGUUACUGUCCAAACCCUCAUGUCUCCCCCUGGUUGGGUCACCUAACCACUACUCCACACUACUGACCACUACACUAUAAAGACUCAUGGUGUGGAUGGACUACUAUGAUGAAUACAAACUUACGGAGUUGCCUCAGAAUUAAAACUCUAUUCCUAAAAGAUUGAUGAGAACCUUGUGUCUCCUCCUCAGUAGCGAAUUGAUGUAGCAAUAAAUACGAGAGGCGGGUGCUUCCUCUGAGUGUCAAAAAAAGAUUCUGGUGGACCAUGAGGGGAACUGGGUGCUUACAGAGGGUGGACCUGCAGAGAAAAAGGGAUUUGUUCUCCUUUUUCUUCUUCACUAACAGAUCCUCCACUUUGCUCUCAGUGCCAUUUACCCAGAGUUCAUACUUCUGUACAGCUCUGUGACUUUUUUAAAGUAGCAAUGAGUGAUGUGUGUUUGUGUUUCUGUUGUUUGGUUUUGCCCAGAUGAACAAGUCAAAGUUGCCCAUGUGAGGAAAAAUGUUAAAAGAAAAACAGCCAGCUCUUACUGAUUGUUCUCUGUAGAGGUGUUCAUGUUAGCAACUAAUCACAUUCAGUUUAAUUUCUGCAACAUGGCUGAUCCCUUUAGGCUCUGCAGUCUUGCUUUUUCUUGGAGCUUCCGGACACAGCUUAAGACCAAUGUAGUUCACUUUUUUUUGUUCUGUAACUUAUGCACAAUAGUCAUUAUUGACGGAGGAGGCGCUUCUGUCGCUCUCUGACCUUUUAAAAUUCAUUAGGCCUCAGUCUGCAGCAGUCUUUAGAGCUUGGCUUCCAAAUACUUAACAAAAACUAGGGCCAGUCCAACAUGGCCGGUCUGACCAAAAAAAUUAAGAGUAUGAAAAAAGUAUGAAAACUUGCAAACAAAAAAAGCUACUUGUCACUUUAAAGUGAUACUAGCUGGUGUAGUCUAUAUUUCUUGUAUUAAAUUUUGUAUUAUAUUUUCCUAAAUGUUCUCUUGUAAUGAAAAGACAAAAAAGAGCAAGUAUCUAUCUAUAUAUAUAUAUAAACAUAUAAAUAUAUAAAUAUAUAAAUAUAAGAGACAGACAGAUAUGAGGCCAGGCUUGUUGAAGGGAGAGUGGGGGCAGGGGAGCUGAUACACUGGCCCCUCUCCCAUGGGUGACUCUUCUGCUGUCAUUCUGUGCCUUGGUCAAGCCUUCAACCUCCCUCCUCUUCCUCCCCCCCUCACCUCCUCACCUUGGUCCCUACUCAGGUCACACUCCUCUCCUCCUGUUAAUCUCAUCCUCCUUUUAGCUUGUCCUCCAGCGGGGCUGAAACCAUGCCAAAACACUUCCAUGAGCAAAGGGGGACUUGAAGACAAGACCUCAAAUGAGAUCAGAAUUGAGAAACUAAAAGAAAAAAAAGUGCCCCCUUUGGUCUCUACUGAAAAGCCGCUGUUGCUGUAGACCCUCGCCCCAGGUGCUCCCUGCCGUCUUGACGCCCACCGUCUGCCAGUGCUGCCGCCUCUGUCACGGAAAAAUUGUAAAGGAAAAAAAAAAACACACUGGUUAACUCCCAUGGCAGCUUCCAGUCGCCCUGAGCGGUCAUCAACGGGGCUGAAAAUUAUCUGGGCUUGAAGCGUGUUAAUUUUUUUUUUCUUUUUUUGUCAUUUUAAUUUUCUUGUAUGUUGACUUUGUGUUUGUUUAAUGGGAGUCACUGGGAGAGGAGAGAUAAAAGAAUAAUCCAAUCGAUGGCAGCUUAAGGUGUUAUCCUCCGCACUCCCGGUGGUCCGUCCCUUAAAAAAAAAUAGUGUUACCCAUAAAUCAGGGGACCUCUUGAGACACAGCAAUAUUACCAUCUUGUGCUUUCCGAGGGAGGGGGAGGGGCGGGCAGGGUUUUUAAGACAAGCAGGUGGUUCUUUUUUUUUUUUUAUUUUGCUUUGACUCUGUGGUGCAUUUUUUUGGUGACCAACUCUAUUUUGUUUUGAUGAAUUUUACCUCCUAUCUGCACUCUCUCCAAACACUGCAGGAGGGCAAAACAAACUAACAAGAUUUUCUUUCUUUCUUUCUUUUUUUUUUAUUUUUGAAAAGCUGUUUUUAUUCAUUUUGUCAUUGAGAGUUUACAUUCAUGUCAAAAAAGAUUUGUACAUGACUGUUUGUAGCAAAAAUGUCCUUUCUCAGUUUGUUGGUCAAACGAACAACUUCGGUAAACCACAGUGAUGACAUAAAGUUAUUCUCUUGCACAGAACCUCCCGGAAAAGAAGUGACAGAGUGAGUGGGAUUAGCUGACGGCCAGAUAUGAGAUUAUAAUUUUUCAGUGGCGUCAUUGAAAAAUAUACAUAGCACACACACACACUCAGAAUGAGUGGCUUAGGAGGACUUGGACGUGGAGACAUUUAGUUUGGGCGCAGGAUGGACGGUGUUUAUGGAAAUUCUUUUAAUGAUGUGCCUUGAAAAAGUUAUUUUCUUCAAAAAGAAGCAGAGAUUGUACCAAUUAAUCCGGACUGUUCCAUCAGUCUCAGUUGCUUUUAUUUGUAAGAUCCCUUGGAGAGGGAGCUUAAGAUGUUACCGCCUCCUCCUUCUUUGCAAAGAAGGGUAAACAUUUAUGUCAAGAAGCUGAAAGGGCUCUUCAUUGAGCUGAGAUCAAAGCGUAAUUUAAGAGUCAUCAGAGAGACGGGGGCUCAGAUUAAAAACAGUUUCACUUCAGAGCAAGUACAGACAAAGUUUGAUAAUUUGCUUUCAUGUUGCCAUUGCACAGAGAUUUACUUCAGUGUGUCAGGUUUUUUUUAAGAGCACAAAAGCACGGUGUGGUGUUCGGAGGAGUCAGCAGGCAGAGACGGUGAAGGUGUGCUAUGAAAAAACAGGAUGAAGCUGCGACUGUGGACGCAGGGUCAAGGCUGAGCACACAGAUGAAAGUAGAAGACACCUUCCUCUGCCUGCUGAGUAACGGUGCUUAUGAAAACCAACACAAGGACUUCCAUGAAAUAUUAUUCCUGCCAAAUAAAGUCACUUUUUACCUUUCCAUGCUGAAUGAUUAGGUCGUUUAUGUAAUUCCAGAUGAUAGCUUUAAUUUUUGUAGGUAUCCCGCUUUCCAGACCCUACCCUUACCGCCUUGUUUUUUUUUUCUCUCUUUAUUUUGCAUCUUUGUGCAUUUAUCGAUACUCGAAAGUCAAAGAUGGGUGUCACAUUGUUUUCCUUUGAAACUCAAGGCUGCAGAGGAGGGUGAGCUGACCAGGAUUUAGUAUUGGAGAGGACAGUGGGGGCACUUUUGUUUGGGCUGAUAUACUGUGUAGGGAGAGUUCUGUGCCAGAGACCUGUGAAUAUGUUCCUUUUUAGCGGAUGUGUAAUAUGCAUUCAGAAGAUGUUAUAUAAGUUCCUUUAUUGUUUUUGUUUUGUGCGUGUGAGCGUGUGUACACGAGUACCUGGUGCUGGCUACAUUUGAGCAAACACUUGAAGGUAUUGUGUAUUCUCUCAUUGUAAUAUAAUUAAAAUGUUUUAUACAUAAAGUU